AUGCAUUUUCAGCAGUCUGUGCCUGAGGAUAUCCGAAUCCUUGCGUCCAACCUCCAGGAUAUCCCGACGAUUGCCACACAAAGCAAACAGACUCGAUCCCAGGUGGUUGCCCUCGGUCUAGUUGCGCUGUUAGCUCUGCCUAUCUUGCAGGCUCUGGGAGAGUUAUGCGGCUUACAGCCAUUCCUAGCCACAUGUGUAUCUCUCGGCGCGGUUAUAAUCUGUGCGAUUUUCUGGGUGGAAACUAGCAAGGCCAUCCUUUAG